AAUAACAACAGCAGCAGCGGCGGCGGCGCCAUCAUCACCACCUUCCGGCGGGGGCUCCGUGACGGGAAAGCGCCUCCACCCGCGCACACACACACACCGGCGGCGGCGGCGGCUCCACACCGCACCAGCCCGGCCCGGCGCCGUUACAUAAGGCCCGCGGUGAAGGCUUCAGUGAGCACAAUACACAAUAGUCAUGGGUGAUGAAUCAGAAUGGAUAAAAUUGCCAAUUGAUCAAAAGUGUGAACAUAAGGUGUGGAAGGCUAGACUGAACGGCUAUGAAGAAGCUGCAAAACUAUUUCAGAAGAUUUCUGAUGAAAAGAGCCCAGAAUGGUCAAAACAUUUGGGAUUAAUCAAAAAGUUUGUAACCGAUUCAAAUGCAGUAGUUCAACUGAAAGGACUGGAAGCAGCACUUGUUUACAUACAAAAUGCUCAUGUGGCCGGAAAAACUGCUGGAGAAGUGGUAUCUGGAGUUGUAAAUAAGGUCUUUAAUCAACCAAAAGUCAGAGCCAAGGAGUUGGGGAUAGAAAUAUGUCUUAUGUACAUGGAAAUAGAGAAGACUGAGCCUGUGCAAGAGGAGCUGGUUAAAGGACUGGACAACAAAAAUCCCAAGAUUAUUGUCGCCUGCAUCGAAACCCUAAGGAAGGCCCUCGGUGAAUUUGGUUCAAAAAUAGUUCAACUCAAGCCAAUUGUCAAGGUGUUGCCAAAAUUAUUUGAAUCGCGCGAAAAAGCAGUUCGAGAUGAGGCCAAAUUAUUGGCAGUGGAAGUAUAUAAAUGGAUUCGUGAUGCCUUGCGUCCACCAUUGCAAAAUAUUAAUUCUGUGCAGUUGAAAGAACUUGAAGAGGAAUGGGUUAAAUUGCCAACCUCGGCCCCCAAACAAACUAGGUUUCUGCGCUCUCAACAAGAUCUCAAAGCCAAGUUUGAGCAGCAUCAAGCAACAGGCGAUGAAGAAGGGGAUGAUGAGGAAGAUGAUGUUCCUGUUGUGGAUGCUUAUGAACUCUUAGAACCUGUUGAGAUUCUUUUAAAGCUUCCAAAAGAUUUCUAUGAUAAAAUUGAAGCCAAAAAAUGGCAGGAGCGCAAAGAAGCGCUGGAAGCCCUUGAGCUGCUUGUAAAAAAUCCCAGACUAGAAUCAGGAGAUUAUUCUGAUGUUGUGAGAGCACUUAAAAGGGUCAUUGGAAAAGACUCUAACGUGCUGCUUGUCGCAUUGGGUGCAAAGUGUCUCGCUGGCCUAGCUGCUGGGUUAAGGAAAAAGUUCCAAACCUAUGCUGGACAUGUGAUGCCAACACUAUUGGAAAAGUUUAAAGAGAAAAAACCUCUAGUAGUUCAAGCUUUGCAAGAAGCCAUUGAUGCAGUUUUUCUUACAACCACAUUACAGAGCUUGAGUGAAGAUGUGUUGGCUGUAAUGGAUAACAAAAAUCCAUCCAUCAAGCAACAAGCAGCACUCUUCUUGGCAAGAAGCUUCUGUCACUGUACUGCAUCCACAUUGCCAAAAAGCCUUUUAAAACCACUUUGUGCUGCACUGCUUAAGCAAAUUAAUGAUUCUGCACUUGAAGUGAGGGAUGCUGCCUUUGAAGCACUGGGUACUGCUCUGAAAGUUGUUGGCGAGAGAAUCAUGAAUCCUUUCCUUGCUGAUGUUGAUAAGUUGAAACUUGAAAAGAUUAAAGAAUCUUCAGAAAAAGUAGAACUUGUUCACGGGAAGAAAAGUAAUGCAUCAAAAGAGGCAAAUGUUGGAGCUACAGGAAAAGGAUGUUCAGCCUCAAGCAGUGGGGACAAAGCAGAUGCUUCUGCGACCAGAACUGGUGUGCUGUCAAAGAAGACUUCUGCAAACAAGUCUGCUGGGGCAUCCAAAAAAAUGAAGGCAGUUGUGCCUCCUUCUGGUCCAAGUGGGAAAGGGAAAAAAGCAGUUGAAAUUAAAGAGGACCUGUCUAUUGAAGUUUGUGAAGAGCAAGCUGCAGCUAUACUACCAGCCACCUGCUUACAGCAACUUGACAGCAGCAAUUGGAAGGAAAGGUUAGCCAGUAUGGAGGAGUUCCAGAAGGGCGUAGAAGCCACGGAGAAGAAAUCGCUGCCUUGUCAGGCACUUGUACGGAUGCUUGCUAAGAAGCCAGGCUGGAAGGAAACCAAUUUCCAGGUGAUGCAAAUGAAAUUACACAUUGUUGCACUGAUCGCCCAAAAAGGGAACUUUUCUAGAAUAUCUGCUGAAGUUGUAAUGGAUGGGCUGGUUGACAAAAUAGGAGAUAUAAAAUGUGGAGUUAAAGCAAAGGAAGCACUGACUGCUAUUGCAGCAGCAUGUUCUCUUCCCUGGACUGCUGAACAGGUUGUUGCCAUGGCUUUUGCACAGAAAAAUCCCAAAAACCAAUCUGAAAUUCUAAACUGGUUGGCAGCUGCCAUCAAGGAGUUUGGAUUUGCUGGACUUAAUGUUAAAGCCUUCAUCAGUCAUGUGAAAACUGCUUUGGCUGCAACAAACCCUGCAGUGCGAAUAUCAGCAGUCGCUUUACUAGGUGUAAUGUACUUGUACAUGGGAGCACCUCUACGAAUGUUUUUUGAAGAUGAAAAGCCAGCUUUGCUGUCUCAAAUUGAUGCUGAAUUUGAGAAGAUGCAGGGGCAAGCUCCUCCUGCUGCCAUUAGAAGAGUGGCUAAGCAUGAUGCUGAUGAAGAGGAGGCAACUGAAGAACAAGAUGACGAGGAGAAUGGAAAUGUUCAAGAUCUCUUGCCCAGAACAGAUAUAGGGGACAAGAUUACUUCAGACCUUGUGACAAAAUUGGGAGAUAAAAAUUGGAAGAUCAGAAAGGAGGGACUGGAUGAAUUGUGUACAAUUCUAAACGAGGCAAAGCUUAUACAGCCCAAUAUUGGAGACCUUCCUGGAGCAUUGAAAGGAAGGCUCAAUGACUCUAAUAAAAUUCUGGUUCAACAAACACUUGCAAUCUUGCAGCAGAUGGCUACUGCAAUGGGGCCAAAUAUUAGGCAACAUGUAAAACAUCUGGGUAUACCAAUUAUUACAGUUCUUGGUGAUAGCAAGAGUAAUGUUCGGGCAGCAGCUCUGACAACGUUGAAUUUGUGGGUUGAGAAGACGGGUAUGAAAGAAUGGCUGGAUGGUGAUGAUCUAUCAGAGGAGCUGAAGAAAGAAAAUCCUUUCCUCAGGCAGGAGUUGUUAGGUUGGCUGGCUGAGAAACUACCAUCACUGCGAACUGUACCCACUGACCUCGGGCAUUGUUUACCCCAUCUCUAUUCUUGCUUGGAAGACAGGAAUGGAGAUGUUCGAAAGAAGGCACAAGAUGCAUUGCCAACUUUCAUGAUGCACCUUGGCUAUGAAAAGAUGCAAAAAGUUGCUAGCAAGUUGAAGCCUGCCUCAAAAGACCAAGUAUUGGCAGCCCUUGAGAAGGCACAAGCAGUUGUGCCAGCUAAGCCCAUUGUACCAACGAAAACCUCCUCGAAAUCCAAUGCCGGUGCAGCCAGGCCAGUGGGUGCAGCGUCAGCACGUGUGAACUGUGCCAGUGCAAAUGAUGAGACGGAUUCAUUUAAAUCUGAUGCAAAGAAAGGCAAAUCAACUGGUGUUGCUUCCAAACUCAAGUCUGCACCCAAUAAGAAAGUGCCAAGCAAGCCAAUUGUCAAAGAUGAUGAUGAUAGAUCUGGACCUCUCUUCAUAAUUAUUCCCAAUGCAAAAGAGCAAAGAGUAAAGGAUGAAAGAGCUUUAAAGGUGUUGAAAUGGAACUUCACAACCCCCCGGGAUGAGUAUUCCGAGCAACUGAAAACUCAAAUGUCCAGCUGUGUGGCUAAGUGGGUGCAAGAUGAAAUGUUUCAUUCAGAUUUUCACCACCAUAUUAAAGCUUUAACAGUCUUGCUGGAGCAUUUGGAAAAUGAAAUUGAAGGGACAGUGGCUUGCCUGGAUCUCAUUCUGAGGUGGUUGACCCUACGGUUUUUUGAUACCAACACAACUGUGCUGAUGAAAGUCCUUGAAUACUUGAAGUUGUUAUUUACGCUGCUGAGCAAAGAAGAUUAUCAUUUGACUGAAAAUGAGGGAAAUUCAUUCAUUCCAUAUCUAAUUAAUAAGGUUGGAGAAUCAAAAGAUGUAAUUCGUAAAGAUGUUCGAUCCAUUCUGAACAUAUUGUGCAAGCUUUACCCAGCCAGCAAAAUGUUUAACUUGAUCAUGGACGGACUCAAAUCCAAAAACUCAAAGCAGCGAGCAGAAUGCUUAGAGGAGCUGGGUUCUUUAAUUGAAGUUCAUGAUUUGAAUGUUUGCCAGCCAACUCCAGCCAAAGCACUCAAAGAAAUAGCAAGUCAGAUUGGAGACAGAGACACAUCUGUCCGUAAUGCUGCUUUAAAUACUGUGGUUACUGUCUACAACAUAUGUGGCGAUCAAGUUUAUAAAUUGGUUGGGAAUCUUUCUGAAAAAGAGAUGAGCAUGUUAGAGGAAAGAAUUAAAAGAUCAGCUAAAAAGCCUUCGACUGUAUCUGUAAAACAAGAGGAGAAGACGCAGAGACCACCGGGAACAAAUCAGAAUGCAGGCAUGCCACGAAAGGGCUGUGAGGAUGUGCCGUCUAAACUGAAUCAAGCACGUUGCAAUAAUGCACAGUCCGCAUCGGAGUCUACUCACACGAUUCCAAGAGAAUUCCAACUGGAUCUUGAUAAAAUAGAAAAUGACAACCAUGCUGGUAGAUGUGAGCUACCAGAUCUGGUGCAGCACCAGCUUGAUGAGCUCUAUGAACCAGUUUGCAUUCCAGAACCAAAAAAUCGUUCAGUUUCUCCACACUAUGAUGAGAUGCAUGGCACCACUGAUUCUACUAUCAAUUUUGUUGUAUCUCAGGUGGCAAGUAGUGAAAUUAACACCAGCAUCCAAGCUCUUGCCCAGAUUGAUGAAGUUUUGCGACAGGAGAGCAAAGUUGAUGCCAUGUCUGGCCACAUUGACCAGUUUCUGAUUGCAACCUUCAUGCAGCUACGAUUAAUAUACAAUACUCAUAUGGCUGAUGAGAAACUUAACAAGAGUGAAAUCCUAAAGCUUUACAGCUGUAUUAUUGGGAACAUGAUCACGUUAUUCCAAAUAGAGCCAUUGGCCAAGGAGGCUUCGAUGGGAGUGCUGAAGGAUUUAAUGCAUGGAUUAAUAUUAUUAAUGUUGGAUUCGCGCUUGGAAGAUUUGGAUGAAGGUCCACAAGUUAUACGAUCAAUCAAUCUGCUAAUGGUAAAAGUCUUGGAAAAAUCUGAUCCAACCAAUAUUUUGAGUUCCCUGAUUGUACUUCUGCAAGAUAGUCUUCUCGCUACUCCAAAUAACUCUCCUAAGUUUUCUGAGCUAAUAUUGAAGUGCUUGUGGCGGGUGAUACGUCUUCUCCCAAAUAACAUCAACGAUGUUAACGUCGACAGAAUACUUUUGGAUUUACACAAUUUCAUGCGAGUCUUUCCAAAGGAGAGGUUAAAGCAGAUGAAAUGUGACCUUCCCAUGAGAACACAGAAGACAUUGCUGCAUGCACUAUACAAGCUCCUGGGACCAAAGAUUAUGGAUCAUCUGACACUGAUUGAGAACAAGAAUGAAUCUGAGCUCGAGGCUCAUCUACGGCGUGUCAUUAAACACUCAGUGGGUUUGUCAGGUGGAAAGACUGACUCGGAAACAGAAAAGGGUGGUUCCACAAUAGAGGAUAAAGAAUCAAAAGCAAAAAUAAGUGAAACUUUGGCAGAAAUAUUCAAGAAGAUUGGUUCCAAGGAAAACACAAGAGAGGGGUUAGCAGAACUCUAUGAAUACAGAAAGAAGUACUCGGAUGCUGACAUUGAACCAUUCUUGAGGAAAUCUUCCCAGUUCUUUCAGAAUUAUAUUGAACGAGGUCUGCGACUUGUGGAAAAUGAGAGGGAGGGGAAAGGAAGGAUAUCUUCUUCAUCCAGUUCUGCAGGAUUCUCGUCGCCUCCAGAUGAGAUGCCGUAUGUGGCAAGCUCCACGUCCAUCCCUCCCUCGGGGAACGGAGAAGAACUCGGCCCUGCUGUUUACCUGGAAAGAUUAAAAAUCCUGCGACAACGGUGUGGCUUAGAAAAUAAUUCCAAGCAUGAAGAAAGACAACCCCCAACCUCUCUUCUGUCCAAACCAGCCGUACCUACUGUGGCAUCUUCAUCUGAACUUCUGCACAAUAAACUCACCCAUCUUCGAGAUUCACGAGAGUGUACCCAAGAGCAAGAAUCUCAUCCACCAACACAAACCAACAGUAGUACAACUUCUGCAACUAAUCUUGACGAUCUGAAGAAAAGACUGGAACGAAUAAAGAGCAGUCGCAAAUAGACAGCCUGUGAAUACUGGUGCAAUGAAGUCUGUUGAAAUAGAAGGUCUCUUCAUAGCUAUUGGCCUCUAUUAAUCUAGUAUGUAUCAUUUCUUUAUGUACAAUACAGUGAAUAACUGUAUAUUGUGGCAUAAUUCAUUUCUGUAUAUAGGCUUCUGGACUGCAAGACCAGAUAUUAAGAACUGUUGUGAACUUGUGGACACUUUCACACUAACUCCUGUAAAACUAGUUAAACUAUUUCAGUUAUCUCUAAUGUUCUCCACUUGCUUUCAAACUGGAGAAGCUCCGGGUGGAAUCAGAGUAACGUUGGCUACUGUGUAUUGCUCACAUCUCCAUUUACAGUCACUUCAUCAGGUUGAUAAAAGGGGCUCCAGUGGGUCAAUCCAAACCAUGCCCCCUGUGCUUUAGUCUUGACUAAUGCAGCACUGCCUUUUAAAUAUUGACAAGGAAGUCUGUUAUCUGACUAGAUCUAUCUGUUUAGUUCCUUUAGAAAGUUUAACUAUUGCUCGUUUUGUGUUUCCCUUUUCUUUCCUGUGAUCGAUCAACUUGCUUUGAAAUGUGUUGAUUCUGUAUGGAAUCAUGAAGCAUGGCAUGAGGUUAUGAAUAUUUGUGUUUUUUUUUAAAUAAAGUCAAUUAAAAACAAAAAUCUGUGUUACAAUAUUAACCAAAUGAAUCUGUACUAUAAUUUAAAGAUCUGUUAAAGCAAUAACUUUUAAUGUGUAUAGUUGUAGCUGUUAAAUUGGUACUUUUCUAGCUAGGGGCCUGUGUAAGCCUACCAUUUUAUAAAGUUCAUGAAAAGAUCAUGAUCAGAGAAAUUUUACAAUUGGAAAACAUUUUUCUCAACAUUAGGGAAGCAUUAAUAUAAACAUAAUAAAUGAUAAAUAUUUCUAUC